AUGGCGGAGGACUUGAAGCUGUCGCGGGGGGACAAGCCAGAGCGGAAGUGGUUCGAGAACCCGUUCACCUGGUGGCAGGGCACGAGCCUUGCGUGGAACACGAAGAUCCCGAUCUGGACGGGUUCCGGUGAGGCUGAGGGUCUGUCCGAGCUCUUCGUGGACAACCUGGGUUCCUUGCUGGGAACGACCGGCGCAGCUGUGGGCCACAUCGGCUACGGCAUCGUGGGCACGCUGGCUGCUUUCACCGCCGUGGGCAUGUCGGACGGUUCGAGCUACGCCACUGCCAUCGCCCAGGAGUGGGAGAAGGUUUAUUUCUCGCGCAACAUUCCGGGAUGUGCCUUCGCCCUGCUGUUGGGGAACCUCUACUACGCCUGGCAGUGUGGGCGUCUGGGCAACAAGGAAAACCGCGAGGACGUCACCGCCCAGCCCUACGGCAUCAACACCACAGGAGUGUACAUCACCCUCUACGCCAUCAAUCUCGAGGCUCUGAUCUCUGCCGGCUUCAUCUAUCUCCCGGGUCCACUGGCUUCGGACGCUGACAUUCGCCAGGCAGCGAUCAAUGCGGCAGACCACGCAUGGAAAGUCUCCGUGGCAGCCAACUUUCUACUGGGCGUCUUCGAAAUGCUUGGAGCCUUCGUGGGCGAGAGCAUCCGUAAAGCUGCUCCUGUUGCCGCUUUCUACGCGCCCAUGGUGGGUGUUGGCUUCGUGUACCUUGCCUUCGUUCCGAUGCUGAACAUUGCCAUGGAGCCCAUGGUGUGCCUGAUUCCGCUCCUCAUCGUCUUCAACGGAUUCUUUGGAGGUGUUCGGUACCACGUCUUCCGGAAGCUCACCAUUCCCAUCGGCAUCUUGGCACUCUUGGCCGCAGCCAUCGCCGGAUGGUCGGGGGGCUGCGCACGCGAGGCUGGAACGCUCGGGGCGACAAAGUACGGCUACACUCUGCAGUACUUCGAUUCCACGAAAGUGACCUGCACCGGCACUUCCCAGGCAGAGGCCCAACGUGCCUGGGACACCUAUGCCUUCCAGGACAACGUGCUCUCCGGUGCCGUCUUCGUGGGCUUGGGCGGAUUCUCUGAGAUUGGCAGCUUCAUCACCACGCUCUUCCUGGUGGGCGUGGUGGGCUUUGUGGGCACCAUGAGCUGCGUUGAGAGUGCUUCCGCCGCCGGCGACGACUACCCCAUGGCGGAGACGAUGAUCGUCGACGGCGCAGGCACCUGCAUCGGUGCGCUCUUCGGGUCCUUCUAUUCCACCACCGUGUACAUCGGCCAUCCGAUCCACAAGAAUCUGGGCGCUUUUGAGGAGACGCCGGCACGGCACUACCCCGCACUGCUGAUGAGCUUGUUCCCUUACCUCUGCAACUGGGCCAAGCUUGGCAACGCGAACGAGGGAAUCCAGAUGAUGGGCCAAGCUGGUGGCCUCAUGUUCAGUGUCGUGAUCACCUGGCUCUUCUGCCUCUGCAUCGACCGUGAUUUCCUGAAGGCUACGAUUCUUUCCUUUGCCGCCAUUUGGUUAUCCCUCUUCGGUUUCUUUGCGAGCCACAAUGCGCCGAAUGACAGCGAAGACGAGAAGAUCGGCUUCUACGGAAAAGAGGACCACGAGUACAACAACGGCUGGCGCUGGGCAGUCUCCUGGUCAUUGGCCACGGUGUUCUUCGCGGCGCACGUGGGCUUGCAGCGGGCAGGCAUCAUCCAGGGCCCCUACAGCGAGAAGGACAGCGAGGUGCAAAAGAUCGAGGCGUAA